AUGAGAGGCAUCUUCAUUGUUGGUGUCGUUGCGGCAUUCGCCAUCACAGUUGUCGACUCCCUGAGUUGUGCACAGUGUAACCAAUUCAAUAGCACCUGUUAUGCCAAUGCCACCGAAUGCAAGGCAGAGUCCCUCAGUUGUGUGGAGUUCUAUGUCAAUUCUACUCUAGGAGGGUCCCUCCAUUUGUACCAGAACAAGUUCUGCUCUGCAUUGAAUUGCACCGAGAACAGCACUGAGGUGGCCUUCACUGUGCGUCUAUUUGAUGACCAAAGAUACCAUUUUGCAAGCCAGUGCUGCCAAGGAGAGGCAUGCAAUAGCACCUACUAUGAAUCUAAAACACAGAACUUCACUGCCAUGCAGUGCAUGUCUUGUUAUGGUCACGAAGACACAGCCUGCGAGGAGAAACCCCAGUGGUGCUAUGAAGGAGAACAAUGUGUCCACAUCAUUGCUCAGCUUACAAAUGAUACUGGCAGAGUGGAGCUGAAGGGCUGUUCCGAUAUCACCAGCUCUACUUGUCAAUUCCUGUCCACUGCUAACACAACAGUUGGAGAGUUUGCUUUCCAGUUGGUUAACUGCAUGGAGCCCACUGAGUCCAACUUGACCACCAUUACACCACCGGGCACCAAUACUUCCUUCACCUCUUCUACCCCACCAGGAGGCAAAACUUCUGUCACCUCCAUUACCACACCAGGAAUCAAAGCUUCUACCACCUCCGUUACCCCACAGGCCAGCCUGGGCAUCAAAGUUUCCUUCACCUCCUCUAUCUUCAGUAGCCUCCUUCUUCUGAAGCUGCUGUUCUGAGGUCCCUGAGCUCUGCCCCAUAUCCA